AUUUGUGUUUCAAACGCGCCACACACUAAUUUGCAUUUCAAAUUCAAAUAAAAUAAAUAACAAUGGCUCCCCGCAACAAGGAACAGGAACAGGAAGUCCUCAACUGGGUGUUCGCUGUGCUGGGCGAGAAGGUUCCCAGUGGGCAGUAUGAGGAUAUCCUUAAGGACGGCAUCUGGCUGUGCAAGUUGGCCAACAAGCUGGCCCCCGGCUCCGUCAAGAAGAUCCAGGAGCGUGGCACCAACUUCCAGUUGAUGGAGAACAUUCAGCGUUUCCAGGCCGCCGUGAAGAAGUACGGUGUCCCCGAAGAGGAGAUCUUCCAGACUGCUGAUCUCUUCGAGCGUCGUAACAUCCCCCAGGUCACUCUAUCCCUCUACGCCCUGGGACGCAUCACGCAAAAGCACCCCGAGUUCACCGGCCCCGCCCUGGGUCCCAAGAUGUCCGACAAGAACGAGCGCACCUUCACCGAGGAGCAGCUGCGCGCCCACGAGGGUGAGCUCAACCUGCAGAUGGGCUUCAACAAGGGCGCCUCCCAGUCCGGACACGGUGGCUUCGGCAACGCCCGCCACAUGUAAAGUGACCUUACCACUCCCCCCAACCCACAAAGCCAAAAACAAACACAAACACAACACAACAAACACCCCACACAACAAAACACCGAAUUCUAAUUAGUUCAAAAAAAUGGUUUUUGUAUCUCGUGCGUUGUGCCGCAUGAUUUAAGCAGUGCCAAGCUCUAAAUGUAAUUUAUAUAAUAUGAAACAAAUAAAUUAAUUAAUUUUAAUAUAAA